UCCAGUGACUGCGGUUCUGUACUGUAUGCAACAAAAGCAAGCGGAUGGAAUAAAUCGAAAUAGCCUGCACUUCAGGUUUCCAUAACCCACCUUCGAUACGGCGUAGUCUCUCGGAGAAAACGGGAUUGUGUUUCGGGAAGACACAGGCUCUGACACAUGAAAGGAAGCGUCCAGAUUCAUAUUUGUAGUUGAAGUCUGCUUAUCAUUUCAGAUCAGAUUUCAGAUUCACUUCAGACCAGCUGGAAGAGCAGAGAGAGCGAGAAAGAGCGCUUGUUUCUCUUCGCCUCCGACUUGGAGAACUCGGGAGCGCGAGCAAGAACCCGGGUGGGUCAGUCGGAAUUUGUCAAGGAUUCUCUUUUGUGAGAUUGACGCGGAGGUGAGAGUUUAUAAAUAGAUCGGAAGAGAUGGACCAGCAGCCGCGGUUGAUGCACUCUCAUGCGGGAGUAGGGAUGGCAUCGCACCCCGGCCUGUCGCAACACAUGGAAGGCACCGGAGGAACGGAAGGCGAUGGGAGAAAACAGGACAUUGGAGACAUUUUACAGCAAAUAAUGACCAUCACAGAUCAGAGUCUGGAUGAAGCUCAAGCCAGGAAACACGCCUUGAAUUGCCACAGGAUGAAGCCUGCUCUCUUCAACGUCUUGUGUGAAAUCAAAGAAAAAACAGUGCUGAGUAUCCGUGGCGCCCAGGAGGAGGAGCCUCCAGAUGCCCAGCUCAUGCGAUUGGACAACAUGUUGCUGGCGGAGGGCGUGUCUGGACCGGAGAAGGGAGGCGGUUCUGCAGCGGCUGCGGCUGCAGCUGCAGCCUCAGGAGGCGGGGCAGGAGCGGAUACUUCAGCGGAACACUCGGACUACAGAGCCAAGCUCUCUCAGAUCAGACAGAUCUACCACACAGAGCUGGAGAAAUACGAACAGAUGGUAUCCCAUGGCGGAUGGAGGGGGGAGAGUUACACAGGGAGUCAUGGCAACGGAAACAAGGCUUGUAACGAGUUCACUACCCAUGUGAUGAACCUGCUGAGGGAGCAGAGUCGCACGCGGCCCAUCUCUCCCAAGGAGAUAGAGCGCAUGGUGGGCAUCAUCCACCGCAAGUUCAGCUCCAUCCAGAUGCAGCUCAAACAGAGCACCUGCGAAGCCGUCAUGAUCCUGCGCUCACGCUUCCUCGACGCCAGACGGAAAAGACGGAACUUCAACAAGCAGGCGACAGAGAUCCUGAAUGAGUACUUCUACUCCCACCUGUCUAACCCCUACCCUAGUGAAGAGGCCAAGGAAGAGCUGGCCAAGAAGUGCUCCAUCACAGUUUCACAGGUUUCCAACUGGUUCGGAAACAAAAGAAUCAGAUACAAGAAAAACAUUGGAAAGUUCCAGGAAGAAGCCAAUAUGUAUGCUGCCAAAACUGCCGUCAACGCGACCAACGUAUCCUCACAUGGAAGCCAGGCUAACUCGCCCUCCACUCCAAAUUCUGCAGGUUCUGCUGGCUCUUUUAACAUGUCAAACUCCGGCGACUUGUUCAUGAGCGUGCAGUCUCUCAAUGGGGACUCGUACCAAGGUGCUCAGGUUGGAGCCAACGUGCAGUCACAGGUGGAUACCCUUCGCCAUGUUAUCAGUCAGACAGGCGGAUACAGUGAGGGCCUCACAGCCAGCCAGAUGUAUAGUCAGCAGAGCAUCAAUGCAAAUGGAGGCUGGCAGGAUGCUACCACCCCCUCAUCAGUGACAUCACCCACAGAAGGACCCGGAAGUGUUCACUCUGACACGUCCAACUAAUCCCUCCACCCUCCUCCUCCACCACUGUCCAGACACCCCCAACCUCAACCCUCGAUCAGCCAGCUCGCCAGUCAGCUCCCCAUCAGAACUGGAGAUGACACUAGACUUGUCACAGGGCAGGAGACCUCUCUCUACAGGUGGGGACUACAGGAUGAAACGCCAUCAUCACCACCACAGACAGUUCUUCACGUGUCAUGUCCCGUCUCUACAACCAGCUAUGACACAGUCAGUCAGUACCCUGAGUAGGGCUCUGUUCUCCCAUCUAUCUACGACCCCAUUCACUGUCUGUUUGUACAGUUUUCUUCACCAGAUAUCCAUGUUGCCUCUGUGUGAUCAUCUGACAAACAGUUACAACACGUAUACACAGUAUGGCCCGUAUCUUGUAGAUUGAAAUGCUUUUCUCACUAUCUCUAUUGACGAUAACAAAAAAAAAAAAACUGACAACAACGGAAAGUCUUCUAAAAAAGCGUAGUGUUUUGUUUUUUACUUUGUAAUUACUGAUAUUGACAGUAGCUCCCAAUCUCCCUUGUACUGCCUCAAGGGUUGUUUGGAGGACAGUUUUGCCUUUGUGACAAGUUUUACCCUAUAUAAUUACUUCAUUCACAACAUUUGUUUUGUCCAUAGUGCCAAAGUUCAACACAGGAGGUGAAUUUUUAUAAUAUGACAUUGUGCACUUGUAGAAAAAUACAUAUCCAUCUGACGUUUCACAUCACAUACCGUAGCUUAAUUACAUUUCUUGUUAGUAGCUAACAAUGGGAUGCUUUGAAAGGAGAACCUUGAGAUUCAAAUGUUCCUCCUCAUUCUAGCCAUUCUGUUUCAGAGCUUCUACAAUGGGUAAUAAAACAUGACACAUUUUUA